GAGAGCGCUUCAGACACACCUGCCGGGCGGCGAGACGGCGGCGCGGAGCGGAGCGAGGAGCGGAGCGGGAGGCAGCCCUCCCGACGGCGGGAAUGGCAGCCGUGGAGAAUGCCCCUCUCAAAGCCUGCAGCCUCUCAGAGCAGGAGGAAGAAGAAGACUCCAUCUGGGAGAAGAUCGAGAGUGCACGACACCAGCUGACCCGCUCCCUGAACCCAGCGAAGCUCACCCCAUACCUGCGCCAGUGCCGUGUGAUAGAUGAGCAGGAUGAGGAGGAGGUGCUGAACUCCUGCCGAUUCCCUUGCAAGAGCAACCAGACAGGUUACCUGAUGGACAUCCUUCGGCGCCGUGGAAAGCGAGGCUAUGAAGCCUUCCUGGAAUCCUUGGAGUUCUACUACCCAGAGCACUACACACGGCUAACGGGGAGGGAACCAGCCCAGCGCUGCUCUAUGAUCCUGGAUGAAGAAGGCCCUGAGGGACUAACUCAGUUCCUGAUGAUGGAGGUGAAGAAGGUGAGGGCUCAACGGAAAGAGCACCUGCUGAAGGAACACCAGCUCCAGGUGAAGAACCAGGCUUUGGAGCAAGAGCAGACCCGGCUGGAGCAGCAGCUGAAGGAGCUUCUCAAGGUGCAGGAGCGUUGCCAGCGGCUUAGAGAAGAGUGGGACUCCAACAGUGUGGAGCUGCUGAGGCUGAAGGAUGAGAACUACAUGAUGGCCAUGCGCUAUGCUCAGCUCUGCGAGGAGAAGAACAUGGCCGUGCUGCGAAGCAGGGACCUGCAGCUGGUGGUGGACCAGCUGAAAUGCAAAGUCUCCAGCCUAGAGGAGGAGUGCAGCCUGCUGCGGAAACAGGCAUCCGCGCUGCCCCAGCGGGAGGCGGAGGAGCAGGGCCACCCCGACACUGUGUCUGAGCUGUGGGCUGAGAACCAGCGCCUCACGGCAUCGCUGCAGGAGCUGCAGGGCAUGUUGCAGACACCCGGUGAGGGUCCAGUGCCAGGCUCUGAGCAGAUCCUGCUGGAUAUCCUGGAGCAUGACUGGAAGGAAGCCCAAGAUGACCGGCAGGAUCUCUGUCAGAAACUCAACUCCCUGCAGAAUGAGCUGCAGUGGGCUGAAGAGCUGAGGGAUAAGUACCUACAGGAGGUGGAAGAUCUGCAGCUGAAAUACCGGACGUUGCAGAAGGACUGUGAUCUCUACAAGCAUCGUAUGAACACAGUGCUCCUGCAGCUGGAGGAGAUCGAAAAAGAGCGGGACCAGGCAAUCCAGAGCCGUGAUGGGGUACAGCUGCAAUAUUCCCAGAGCCUGAUUGAGAAGGACCAGUACCGCAAACGUGUGCGGGCCCUGGAGGAGGAGCGGGAUGAACUCCUAAGCAAGCUAAGCCAGGCAGAAGGGCUCAACAGUACGCUGGAGGCACAGCUGCAGCGGUGCCAAGGCAGCCGCAUCCUGGGCAAGAUGUGCAGCUCUUCCUACUCCCUCUGCUCCAACCUCAGCAGCACCUGGAGUCUCAUAGACAACACUACGACUGGACUCAUGGAUGCUCUGGGGACUUCUGUUACCCCAUUCCCAGGGGAUUCAGCUGUUCAGAGCAUGGACGUGACUCCUGAGAGUGAGAAGGAUAUCAACCGCCUUUCCACCUUCCCCUUCCCUCCUUGCGUUGGCUCCAUCCUCCGUCGGCAGCGGGAAGAUAGGUGCAUGCCCUACAAAAGCUUGUCCUGUGGCUCAUUUAGCAGCAUCGAAGAUGGAACAGGCAGCGGUUUUGCUAGCAACUUGCUUGGGGCCUCCUCCUCUUCUUCCAGCAGCACCUACACCAGGGUGAAGUCUGAGAUCUGCUUGUCCACGCUUCCCAGCCACAAGGAGGUCACCAGGAGGUCACUGGUGGUACAGCUCACUAGUGUGGGUCACCCCAGCAACCUUUCACCCCAGGAGAAGAGGCUCGGAUCAGACAUCUCCAUCCUUGGAGGCAACAGGACAGGGAUUUAUGUCCAGUGGGUCAAGCCAGGCUCACGGGUCAAGGAUGCAGGACUCAGGGAAGGGUGCCGGCUUAUUGAGCUGAGGGUGCCAUCGCUGAAGGAAGAGGUGCUUUCCCUGGAGAACUGCACACGAGAGGUUGCCUACCUGAGCCUGCUGCACUGGGAUGAGCCCUCUAGUCUCAUCUUUCAGCUGGACCUGGAAGGAUACCAGCCUCUGCGAGAAGCCCUGGAAGAAGGGAAGAAAUUUUCUGGAGACUCAUUCUACGUACGCACCAACCUGUCCCUCCUGGAGCCAUCAGACCCGUAUGCACUGUGUGUGAAGUGUCGGGAGAUCCUCCACGUCACGGACACCAUGCACAAAGGCCGUCUGGAGUGGUACUGCUCGCGCGUUGAUCCCUUGACCAUGCGGGACCUGGACAAGGGGACAGUGCCCAACUACAGCAGGGCUCACCAGCUUUUGAAGAUCCAGGAGAAGGGCCAGAUGCCUGGGCAGCAGAGAGGCCACAGAAAUAACCUAAAGAAACGGGCCUUGGACCAACUGCGCUUGGUGAAAUCCAAACCGCAGAGGAGCCCAGAACAGCCCCCUCAGCAGCUGUGGCUGGACCCCUGCUCAGACCCAGACAUGAACCUGAAGCCUUACAGCCUGGUGCGCCCUGUGGUGGUCAAGGCACCCCGUCCUGUGGUGCUGUCACCAAACUGCAUUGUACCACGGCUCAUCAGGAACCUGCUGGACUUGCCCACCUCUCGCCUGGACUUCCAUGUGUGCCCAGCAGAGAAGCUGGCAGGAGGAGAUCCCAGCGCUACCCAUGCUCAGGAGUACUCUGUGUCUAGAAUUGCCCCGCAGGACCCAAGGGAGAGCUGGCAAAUCCGCAUGAUCCGGGAGGCGAUGGAGAAGAAUAAACACUGCCUGCUACAGCUGGGAGUUGAGGGUGUGAGGGAUCUAAUUAAAAGUGAAAUAUACCCCAUCGUUAUCCAUGUCGAGGUCACUGAGAAGAAUGUUAGAGGACUCAGGAGCUUGCUGGAGAAGGCGGGCCAGCGGGACUCUGAGGUGCUGAAGGUGUGCCGUGGUGUGGAGCAGGCUCUCCACACUCUGCCAUGCUCCUGGGCCCGUGUGGAGCCCCAUGCCUGGACCCAUGCUGAGGAGCUGCCUAAGGUUGUUCGUGGAUGCAUCUUUCAGGAGCAAACCCGCCCACUGUGGAUUGAGGAGGGCAACGACUGAGCUAGGGGUAGCAGAGCGGGUACUGCCAGCUACUGUCCCUAAGAACUGUUCUCGGAGGUCCCUGCCUCCCUGAGCCCCUCCAGGUAGCAUGUUCUUCCCCCUCAAGGGGAUGCUGGCAGCAAAGGCCCCCAAGGGUAGCCUUUCUGGUCCCUUGAGGGCCACCAAGAACUGGGAAGUAACAUGUACUGCCUCCCCCAUCUGAGCCUUCUGUAUUUUAUUGGAGAGAUGUCUUCUGCCAUCACGGUGGAAGCCACUUUCCUGGGCUGCUCCCCAUUACCUUGGGCUGCCCUUGUCUCUGGUACGUGAUCAGAUUGACAGAUAGGGAACGCAGGGGAAAAGUGUGGGAUCAGGCUGUGUAGGAGCAUCUCUCACACACAUUUGAAGUCCUUCUCCCAUCGCCACCAUCUCCCCUGCCCUGUGGCACUGUGUGCUCUGCCUUCCUUCUUCCCCUGUCUACCUCACCUCUGGCCCCAGGGCACAGGGAGCGUGGCUUAUAUGCCUAUGCCUCACUGCAGCUGGAGUGACACUAAGAUUGCAACAAACCCUCGUUUUAUAGGAGCUGUACUCUUUAUUGCUUGUAAAUUAUUAAUGGAGCCUUUUAUUGGCAAACCGUGUGUAAAGGAGAAUUAAAUACCAUUCAUAAUGGGAA